AUUAAUUUCGCAGGCAAUGAAGGUACAGGUUAAACUCGUCUUGCGUCAAAAUAAUCAAAUAGUAUAUUUGUGAAAUUGUGGGUGAAGUGUCAGUGAAUAUUUAUAAAAACUGCAAUUUUUGGGAUUCAGAAUGAACAAUGCGGCUUUUGGAAUUUUAUUCCUAGUAAAUUUUAUCAAUAUUGGAUAUAGCCAACUGCCACAAUCACCUUGUCCACAAUAUUUCCAGUAUCAAGAAAACGAAAUAACUGGAGAAAUUUUUGGAAUUGUAGCAAUUCCGCCGCCACUACCUAAGGAUACUGCUUUGAUGCUAAGAGUCACUUUGCAUUAUCCGACUCUUGUACUAUCAAAGUACAAAGCUACUUUAGAACUGAUUAGAUCGAGAAUGGAUUACGCCCCUGUCCAACAGGCGAUUGAUCAAGGAAAACCCUUGUUUUUCACACUUAGAUUCUCGCCUAGAGACCCACUUCCUAUAGUUAAACAAAUUGUUUUUAACAACCAACUGAUUUGUAGUGACGUACGAGCUACGUGGCCAGUCUUUACAUCAGUCGAUCUCGAGAAGACUCUCUACCCUCCAGGAUUAUUAUCCUUAUUAACGAAUCAAUCUACUUCUACGAAUAAUCCAAAUAGACCUAGUCAGGAACAGUUGUCACAACCUAUCCUGUUUCCAUCUAUAAGUAGUGGAAAAUGCGGAAUCUCUGAAAAUGCGAAUCUCUCAAUCGAUAUUCGAUUCGGAUGGAAUAAAACUUAUCCGGGAGAGUGGCCUUGGCUAGUUGCAAUUUUCUCUAAUUUAAAAGGAAAGUUUGAACAUCGAUGUAUUGGAAAUCUCAUUUCGAACAAACACAUCAUCACAGCUGCUCAUUGUUUAAAAGAUGGUGACAAGGACAUACAAGUAAAUGCACUUUCAGUUUAUUUAGGGAAAUAUAAUCUAUGGCUUGCAAAUGAGAUUGGAUCCGUAAAAGCUAAUAUCUCAGCGAUCAGAAUUCAUCCGGAAUUCAAUAAUAAUUUCACGAAUGCUGAUUCAGACUUGGCUAUUCUCGUUUUAAAAAAUCCAGUCAAAUAUUCGGACUUAAUUUUGCCGAUUUGCUUAUGGAAAGAUUCAACUAAUCUAAAAAAAAUUGUUGGAGAAACGGGAACUAUUGUCGGAUGGAGGAAAUAUGGAAAACAUUAUACGGGUGAACCUCAUAAAACAAUUGAACAAAUAGUUUCUCAGGAAAACUGCUUGCGAAGUAAUCCUGGGUUUGCAGAAAUUACAUCGAAUCGUACCUUCUGCGCCGGAAGUAGAGACGGAAGUGGACCAUGUUAUGGAGAUAGCGGAAGUGGAUUUGUAAUUCAGGAUCCAAAAACUGAAAGAUAUCAUCUUCGAGGAAUUGUUUCAUUGACUCUUUUUGAUGAUAAAGUAAGGACCUGUGAUUUGAAACAAUAUGUCGUAUAUGUUGACGUCGCGAAACAUCUAGCUUGGAUAAAAAAACAAAUUUCUAAUGACCUACAUUAAUUUUAAAAAAGGGAUUCUUCCCGGUUCUACAAAACCCUAAAAAAUGUCUCAAUGUUCUUUAAAUCAGAGAAUAACUUUUGUUUUUACGAUAGACUCACUGUAGCCUGAAAAUAAAUAAAUUUUUAUUC